UGUUCCGCCAUUUUGUGGACGUCGGGGGAGUAGCGCAACAGCUGCGCGGGGACGGAGCCGGGAGGAGCGGGAAAAACCCAGUCGAGCGGUGGGAAUCGCAUCCCCGCCUGUUAAGCCACAGCAGACGAGAUGCAUCGUGACUCUUGUCCACUGGACUGUAAGGUUUAUGUAGGUAACCUUGGUAACAAUGGCAACAAGACUGAAUUGGAGCGAGCUUUUGGAUAUUAUGGGCCACUCCGAAGUGUGUGGGUUGCAAGAAAUCCUCCCGGCUUUGCUUUUGUUGAAUUUGAAGAUCCCAGAGAUGCAGCUGAUGCUGUUAGAGAACUAGAUGGAAGAACACUUUGUGGUUGCCGAGUAAGGGUGGAACUGUCGAAUGGGGAGAAAAGAAGUCGGAAUCGUGGUCCUCCACCUUCUUGGGGUCGUCGCCCACGGGAUGAUUAUCGGAGAAGAAGUCCUCCACCCCGUCGCAGAUCACCACGAAGAAGAAGCUUUUCUCGCAGCCGGAGCAGGUCCCUUUCAAGAGAUAGAAGAAGAGAGAGAUCACUGUCACGGGAGAGAAAUCAUAAGCCUUCUCGUUCCUUUUCCAGGUCUCGCAGUCGCUCUAGGUCAAAUGAAAGGAAAUAGAACAUCGGCCUUCAAGAGGAGUGAUGUACAGGAAGUAGCCCUUCAUUGACAGGAGCAUGUACAGAACAUUACAAGUUUUGUUUGAGCCUUCAUAAGCUCAGUGCAUUUUUAAAAUGUUUUAGCUGUUAAAAUUUGUUUAUUGUCUUGUUAACAGUGACACAUGUAAAGAUGUGUAUCUGUAUGGUUUAAAACAGAUCAUAUAAGGCAUGUAAUACCAAGAAUUUGUUAACUUUACAGUGUUCCCUUAAACGAAAUUCUAAUUUCUAUUGAUUUUCAUUGUGCAAAUUUCUAAAACCUGCAAUGGCCAAAAAAUAAUAUCUUGUGUCUUUUGGGGAGGAAAUGACAGAAUACAUUGGAGAAGCUUGAUUUUUGUCCACAGCAGAGUUAUAUGUGCAGCAUCAGUUAAACAAAAAUGUAUUGUUGAAAGCUCCUCUUAGAACAGGCCAGCAGGUAAAUUGGAAAGUAAAAAGCAUACAAAAAUAAAGAUAAUUGCUUUGUUCAAAUGUGUGGUGGCAAUUUUAGAAAAGAAAAAAAAAAUUAUUCCAAGUAGACACAUACCUUUAAGUUGAAAACCUUAAGAGGUUUUGAGGAAUUUAGUGGUUUUUUUUUUACUUAAGGUCAUGGAUUCUUUUUGUAGUUGAUGCACUGUGAGUAAAUAAGUAGUGAUAUAAAAAUUAGCCAUUCACACAGACUUCCAGUUUAAGGGUACAUUGUAGAGAUAAAACUUUUUGAGUUACUGUGCAAGAUUUUUUUUCAUGAUGUCAUUUGUAACAUGUUUUUGUGAGACCUUCGGGAUUAAAGUUUUGGUUACAAA